AUGUUUUCGUUAUCAGAUCUUGGAAUUUUUGCAAAAAAUAAUCUUAAAAUUUAUUACAACUCUGACUUAAAUUUGCAUAAUUAUCAACAAUAUUAUAUUUUAGGGGACAGUGCAUACCCAAACAGAGAUUAUUUGAAAACACCUGUUAAAGGAGAAUUGACAAUUGAGGAUCAAGAAUGGAAUGAUAUGUUAAUAUUACCAAGACAAGUUAUUGAAAGAAUAUUUGGAUAUUUUUAA